AUGUCUGAAGGCUCGGAGACGCCUUCCUUCAAUGUUUACGAAGAGCGUUUGGAUGAUGAAACUGCUGUGGAUCUUUCAAAUCGAGAUUUGGAAACUGUACCGGCACUGAACUUGUCAGUCGUUGCGCUCUACCUACAAAACAACAGGCUGGUCACCCUUCCCGAUGACUUCUUCCCUUCACUCCCAUCUCUCGUCUACUUAGACUUGCGAGACAACAGACUCACUGACAUCCCUACAACCAUACAAAACCACCCAACUCUCACCCACUUACUACUCCAAAACAACUGCUUAACCUCUCUACCGAAUGAACUGGGAACCCUAAAGCUAAAACUCUUGCAACUUAACGGGAACCCUCUAAUGUAUCCACCGAGAGAGGUUAUAUCUGCUGGGGUUGAUAAAACUCUGGCCUACCUUCAAAAGAAACAUGUUGAAAUGUCUGUAACGCGGUCCAAAGAUGACCUAAACGAGGUUAACGAAACGAAACCUACGAGUCCUGAAUGCUUAAGCUACAAUUCAGUUAUUGACGGAGGAGGGAAUACUAGCAAUCUAGUUGUGGAACUGAACGAAAAAGACCAAAGUUCCGAUGAGGAAACGUACGCAAAAUUCAAAAGAGGAAAAUGUCCGAAAUUGGACAAAAGUCGCCACAAGACGCUGUCGCCAUAUUGUCAAAGCGCGAAGUACUUGAAACCGUUGUUUGCAGACAAACUUCUAACUAAAGAGGAGAAGAUUAAACAGAACUAUUUGAAGGAUAUAGCUAUUGCUAGAAAAAAGGAUCUGCUCGCAUCUCAGGAUAGGAUAUUACAGGAGAGAAAAAACCUACAAAGCCUCAGAAACUGGCGCAGCGACUACAGAAACCGACAGUAUUUCAACCAACACGCUUCGUACAGACUCGACGCGAAAAACUAUCCAUACGACACGAGUCCCGAAUACAUGACUUUAUUGACACGAGAGGACAUCGAAAAAGACCUCCCAGAUAAGUAUAGGAAGAGCCUUACUAGGCGCUGUAAGCCUACAGUUGCUAGGAGGAGCAACAAUGAUGUCAACUUAGCAAUAAAAAUCAAGAAGUUGUUUGAAAACCUCGAAGCUAUCGACUUAAAUCGAGACAAGAUGACGCCUCGGACCGAACAGAAAGCGUUAAUGAGUGAGAUUCAAAAGAUUUCGGAGAUCAAACAGAAGCUGACGGAACUCUCAACUGCCAACAUAAGUUCAGUUUGAAUUUAUAGAUAAUAGCGACAUAAGCACGCUUCCCUUGGAUACAAUUUUUUUUUAUUAGUUUCCUUAGAGAUUUCUAUAAGGCGAUAAUGUGGUAAAAAGUGCAUGCAAAUCCAUUUAGUGGUUCUUGACAUUAUGUGCUUGUUUUAACUUCUACUAGCUUUUAUGUCAACGAUUAUGUCUCAGUUGGUGUAAAAAAGUAAAAUUAUUUAUUAUCAAUUUAUCAUAGAGCAACACUGGCCCCGGCGGACCGGAAUUUAUUAUACUUGGCAUUUGAAAUAUUAAAUAUUAUUGAAAAAAUAAAAUAAAACUAUAAAUGCAUUUUAUAUAAUUUAUUGAUUUAUCUUCAUGAC